UCUGGAUUGAAAUAUACUGAACCGAUGCACUAAUAGCGAUGCUGUCUGCAGAGUUUAUACCCUGGAUAGAUGUAACCGUAUUCAGCCUUAUGUAGACUAGUAAACGACUUACCUGCAGAGAACCAAUCUGGCCAUUCAACACAGGGCGCAGUGUUGUCACAAUUUCAAGACACGUCGAAGAAAAAAUGACCCCCUUUCUGAAUAUCGUGUAAUUAAAACUCAAGUAGUUAAUGAGACCUCUUCACCUCUAGGUCGCCCCGGCAGGCGUUUGUGUCCAACUAAGUCCUUUUAAUUGCUGUUAUUAAAUAAAUCAAUUCCCUUUCCAUGGGACUUUUUGAUUGGCAUGUGAGAUUGCUGUGUUGGGUUCCGACCAUUGUUCGGGCAGAACUGCUGCAUCACAAAUGCAGAUCUCAAGAACAUAAUGCACAUUGGAUAACUAUUACUUCAAGUGCCGCGUGUUUUUGUUGGUAAAGACUAUAACUUCCUUUUUAAAAGCCAUUUCGUUAAUCGUGGAGGUUGUCAUGGUGAAAGGUGAGCGGGAUCAUGUGUAGGGGGGGAGCGGGAGAAGCUGGACCGCGGAUGGAGACGCUUCCCUUUAAAAACAGAACCUUUCGAUUACAGCUUUUUCUCCAGGACGACCACAGGGCCGAAGACCACAUUAUUUAGUGAGCGUGUAGUCGAUCCAUUCCUGCGAUCCUGCGUCUGUUUGGAAACGUAAUUUGGGACGACAACCCCCAAAACUUAAGACGCGUUCACCUGCAGAAGCGCGAGGAGCCCGCUGUGAUGUUGGACACGCCGGUGGAGGUCCUGGAUGAAGACUCGUGCUCGUCGUCCCUGCAGGCGAUGGCUUCCGCGCCUCUGCUGGGAAGAACUGUGUGUGCGAACUGCAACGAGGACAUCGUGGAUAAAUAUUUACUAAAGGUGAACGACCUGUGCUGGCAUGUGCGCUGCCUCUCCUGCAGCGUUUGCCAGACCUCGCUCGGCAGCCACGCCAGUUGUUACAUCAAAGAGAAAGAAGUGUUCUGUAAACUGGAUUACUUUAGAAGAUAUGGGACGUGGUGCGCCUGCUGCGGCCGCAACAUCCACUCCACCGACUGGGUGCGCCGGGCGAAGGGCAGCGUGUAUCACCUGGCCUGCUUCGCAUGCUUCUCCUGCAAGCGGCAGCUGUCCACCGGGGAGGAGUUCGCCCUGGUGGAGGAGAAGGUGCUGUGUCGCGUGCACUACGACUGCAUGCUGGACAACAUCAAGCGGGCCGCGGAGAAGGGGAACAGCGUUAACAUGGAGGGCGCAAUGCCCACGGAGCAGGAGCUGAACCAGCCCAAGCCGUCCAAGCGAGCCCGGACCAGCUUCACUGCGGACCAGCUGCAGGUGAUGCAGGCGCAGUUUGCCCAGGACAACAACCCAGACGCUCAGACGCUCCAGAAGCUGGCCGAACAGACGGGUCUCAGCAGGAGAGUCAUACAGGUGUGGUUCCAGAACUGCCGGGCGCGACACAAGAAGCACGUGAGCCCCACCCACACGUCCAGCACCCCCAUGACCUCCAUGACCUCCAUGAACUCCAUGACCUCCAUGACCUCCAUGGGCUCCAUGGGCUCCAUGGGCUCCAUGGGCUCCAUGACCCCCAUGGGCCACCUCUCCCAGCCCACGGUGACCCCUGAGGAGCUCCAGUUCUCAGGCUACGGUGGCCCUGAGGGGUCCAUGCUCUCUGCCCUGCACUCGUUCAUAGACGUGCACCCCCCUUCCUCCAUGUUGUUCCAACCACUGCUGCCAUCCCAUAAUAUGUCCUCGCUGCCAGUUUCCCAUGCCUGAAGAGCUUGGGCAUGCAAACACACAAAGACACUCACGUGCAUUUGUGCACACAUGCAUGCACGCACAAACGCACGCACAGAAAAGUGCACGGACGCACACACACACACCAAACACAUGCAUGCAUGCAAACAUUUGCACUUACACACAUACACACACACACAGACACACACACAGACACACGUAUACACACACACACACACACACACACACACACACACACACACACACACACACACACACACACACACACACACACACACACACACACACACACACACACACACACACACACACAUACACACACAUGCAUACAAGCACAAAGACAUUCUCAGUAUUGAUAGGAUUCUCAAGGUCGGGGUGAAAAAAUGUUGUUCAAUGACAAGGACUUGAAAAACAUUACAGCACAUUUCUAAAUAUUUUCUUCCCUGAGAUUGUUGUUCUUUUAUUUAUAUAUUUAUUUAUUUUCGAAAUCUUCAAUUCAAUUUUUGUCGAUGGCUUUCACUUACAAUCCUUAAAGUACUUUGUUUGUUGAAAUGAUCUCUAUGUACCUCAUAUGACUCUGACAUCAUAGAGAAACUUGUCUGUUUGUGUAAAUGUAUUGCAAACUGUUUGACAGUUAUAUUUUAAAUGAAUGCCGCCAAACCUCACCUGCCAUUUUGCGAGUCAACUCAUCAUGAAGAUGAAAUUGUAAUAUUAUUUGUUUGUAUGAUGUACUGUAAAUCAGUCUUUUAAUAUUGAUGGUUCAUUUAUUUAUUGUUUGUAUUUGAGGUGGCCAUUUUGGAAAUAAAUGUCUGCAUACAA